AUGAAGUUUGCAAAGGAGCCAAUUAUUCCCUUACGACUUUUCCUAGAAGGUGGAAAUGUGUUAGCGAUGUUUCUAGCAUCUCUAUUUACUGGUAUUUCUUUCUACGCGUUGCUUUAUUACGUUCCUUUGUACUUUCAGACGAUAAUGAGCGUUAGUGCAAUAGUUGCUGGACUAAAGUUAUCACCACUUGUUGCUGGAAUUGUAAUAUUUUCAGCUGUCUCUGACAUACUUACGGCUCAUACAGGAAAUUAUCGAAUUUGGAUAUUAUUGGGAUUUGCUCUAACAACAAUCGGUUGUGGAUUAUUGGUCACACUUGACGAAAAUUCCAACCAAGGAAAACCAAUCGGUUAUUUAUUCAUCGCCGGGUCUGGUCUUGGUUCUUGUAUGCAAACAUCUCUCAUUGUAGCACAAAACGCAGUCGACUUUAAAGACGUCGCUGUAGUUACUGCACUUUGUACCUUUUGGAGAACGACCGGUGGAGUUCUUGGUGUUGCCAUCUGA